AUGCCAUCCGGCGGUGCUCAUUGGUCCAGCGAUGCCACACUGGCAGAUGCAGACCACACCAUCUUCAAAACUAUCCCCGAGAAAGUGGAAGAGCAUCCACAAGUCCAAACCUCCUUUGAUGUCGAGGCUCAAGUCCACCACAAGCAGAAGAGCUUCGCUUCUAUCCGUUAUCAUUUCCUCAAUAUCUACCGUCGUCUGUUCACUCUGGUCUUCUUGGCCAACGUCGCGGUCUUCAUUGCCAUCUUUGUAUCAGACCGAAAGCUCCUGGCUUUGGUAAACGCUACGGCUGCCAACCUGCUCGCUUGUGGCCUGGCUCGUCAGCCCCUGGUAGUGAAUGCCAUCUUCUUCACCGUGUGCUCGAUACCCAGGACUGCUCCGCUGGCGAUUCGUCGAAUUGCGUCGAAGGUAUACCACUACGGCGGAGUUCACAGCGGAUGCGGGAUUGCCUCGUUCAUCUGGUAUGCGGGCUUCGUGGGGUUGAUGUCCAAGGAAUACUGGGCUCCGCCGACGGGCACAUCUACAAUCUCAGCCGCUCCGGUAGCUGUGGCAUAUGUCAUCUUGGUCUUGUUGCUGUUGAUCAUCAUCGUGGCAUACCCCGGCUUCCGCUUCAAGAAACACGAUUAUUUCGAGCUCACACAUCGGUUCUCCGGGUGGCUCAUCGUCGCACUCUUCCUGGUCCUGCUUCUUCUCUUUGUGAACGAGAUCAGUGCAGCUGAAAACGUACCAUUCGGUAUCUUCCUGGUCAAGCUGCCGGCCUUUUGGUUUCUCGUGGUCACUGUCGUGGCCAUUAUCCAUCCAUGGGUUUUCCUGAGGAAGGUCCCCGUGCAGCCAGAGUAUCUGUCACCCCAUGCCGUCCGACUGCACUUCAACCACACCACAACCACCUUCGGCAAGGGUAUUCAAUUAGCCAAGCACCCUCUUCGAGACUGGCACGGCUUUGCUACCUUCCCAGACCCCGAUGGAAAAAGUUUCUCUUGCCUCGUGUCCAAAGCCGGGGAUUGGACUUCGGGAUGCAUCAAAGAACAACCCACUCACCUCUGGAAGCGAGGAGUGCUCAUCUAUGGCUUUGCGUACGCCAUGCGAGUCUACAAGAGAGUUGUCGUCGUCACCACAGGCUCCGGCAUCGGUCCCUGCCUCUCGUUCCUGGGUGAUGACAACCGCCCCGACCUUCGUGUCGUGUGGCAAACUCGAGCUCCACUGCGAACGUAUGGCAAGGAGGUUCUCAACCUGGUAUCCAAAAUGGACCCCAACCCCGUCAUCAUCGAGACCAACCAGUCCGGUCGCGUGGACAUGGUGCCCAUCAUUCGACAGCUGUAUCAGGAGUUCGACGCUGAGGCCAUCUGCGUUAUCAGCAACCCCUUCGUAACCAAGAAGAUUGUUUAUGAACUAGAAUCCAGCGGCGUACCUGCGUUCGGGCCCAUCUUCGAUUCAUGAUCUGGUUUAUCAUGGUUCAUUUCACUUUCUUCCUUCACCAUUUUUUGACCUUUUUUUCUUAUCUUCUCUCCUCUCUCCCACCAUGUUCUUGACGGUUGACCCGAAGAGCAAAGGGCGCAGUGCAGGACGAAGGAAAUAAGAACUAAAUCAUUCGCACAUGUACAUACCCAUCUAGUUCAUUCAAACAAAGGAAAUAGUUCAUAC